AUGAGCAGAGACUAUCAGUUCUCCUCUCCUUCUUUUUCGUCCCCCUUUUCAACGUUUUCCUCGUCAACGAACAAUAGGGAUGACAUUUUAAGAAAGAAGGAAUCAUCUUAUUUUGCUCCACCUAGAUUGGAUUUAUCACCUUCAUUUUCUUCGAUUUUAAAUUCUCCCUUUUCUAGUUUUAGUACUACUGGCUCAAAAACAAGUUUGCCAAAGAGUUCUUUGAAUACACCAAACUCAAACGUGAGCACCUUUGAUGAGUCGUUAAGAUCGAGACAAGCCGAGCUCUCCCUUACACUUCCUUCCAUUUCGUCACCACUAAAAGAAAAGUUUUUCUCUUCUGGUUCUUCCUACAAACCACUUGUAGAUUCUCAUCACCCUACCGAUAAACCAACUUUUCACUCCCAAGAAUAUAUGAGUUAUAUAUCACAGAGAGAGGAAGAUGAAGAAAGGAAAAAGAAACAGCAAGUUGCUGAACAAGGAAAAAACGCAAUGGUGAAAACAUCAAUAGAUAUUAACCCGAGUCUCAUUUAUUCCAAAACUAAGCUUUAUUCCAGAGGAACAGAAAUUCCUCCUGUCAUUGAUAAUAUGUUUGGGAAGCGUAUUCAUGGGGAUGCUAAGGAAGUUGAAUUGAUGAAAGAGGCGAUCAAACAAGGAUUCAAAUCGCCAAGUGUAGAUGUAGUUUACGACAGAACCUCGCAAGAAGUUUUUCUUGUUAGACAAACUUUGAAUGAAAGAGAGGUUCAAACUCAAACUCCAGAUUUUGAAAUCGAUGCAAGCACUCAAACAGAUCCUGUUGAACCAGAAUCUUACAUACCAAAUGUGGAAUCUGAUGAUAUGUAUCCCAGGAGAAUUGUAAAAAUAAGAGAUAAGGGAACAGUUACUAUUGCUGAAGAAACAUUGACAAGCACUGAUGAAGACGAAAUCAUUGUUGAAGUUAUCUCAAAAAAAGACGAAGAAAAACUUGAUGAUGAAUGGAUAAAUCAACGAUAUGAAUAUGUCCCAAACCUUCCAAUGAGAGUAGCUUCAGAAUCUCUUGAAAAACCAAAAAAGAAAAAGAAUAGAAAGAAAAAUAGUGAUUUACAAACUUCAGCUCAAGUAGAGCCUACCACCAGCAACAGAAGCACAAUUAGCAUUGCUGAAGCUCAAAACAAAAAGAAAUAUAACAAGAAUAAGAAGGAACCUAAAAAAUCAAAAAAGAAGGAAUCCAUUCCCAAAAAACCAACUCACAAGGAAAAGACAGUAAAAUCUCAAAGUGAUGACAUGUCCAAAUAUAUUGAUGAAACCUAUUUCGAAAACCAAGAUGAAAUUACCAUUGAAGAACCUAGAAAAUCAAGAUCUGAACAAUAUAAGGGUAUUGAGAUUAUUUAUGAGGAACCUGUUAGAGAGGAGGAAACUGUAUGUAAAAUAGAAGAGAUUGAGGAGGAAACGAAACCAAUCCCUCUCCAUUCGAAACCAACAUCUAGAUCGCCUACAGAACAAUCUGAUCCACCAGUUGAAAAACAAAACUCAUCUAAAGUCUCCUCUGGAACUCAGUCUGCUCCUGUUGUUCAAACAGAUUCAAAGAAAAAUAUCAUCUCUGAUUCUUCGGAAUCUAUCACAGAUGAAGAUGCUAUCAAUGGCGAAUCUACAUCUGAGAGCGAUUAUUCAACAGAGGAAGAGAAUAUAUGCAACGAACCACUAGCUCAAGAUACUGAAAGGGUAGGACAUCCUAUUGUUUCAGAACCUGAAAUUCCACAACCAAAACCAAAAACUAAUUUUGAAAAGUUAAAAGAAAAGACUUUAAAAAUUGUUGAGGCUAAAAGCCAUUCUUCCUCUCCUCAAGUCAAACAAGAUCCUCCUGUAUCAAUUAACGAAGAUGAACAUCUGCAAGAGAAGAACAAAGUUUCCACAGUAGUGGAAGUUUCAUUGCAAGAACCUGAGAGUAAGUCUUCAAGCUCAGAAAACCAUAUACCGCAAAAUUUAGAUCUUGAUUCAUUGUCAGAGUUACCAAGCGACCUAUCUGAGGAUGAAAAACAAAUCAUUCACCACGAAGUUGCCUCCAUGUCGUUCGAUGACUCAAAACCAAGAAAGGAAUCAAGACAAGAUCCAGUAAUUAAUUCAACCCAAGCCCAAGAAACAUACCUUUCAACCAAAAACACAUCAAUUAAUGAACAUAACCAUCUGAUGGAUGUUAAACAACAUUCGGAACAAACUGAUGAAACACAACAACCAAGCUCUAUGGAGAACCAAUCAGCUACGGAAGAGAUUCAAUCUCACUCAGUAAUUAAUCCUGAUCAGUCUAAACAAAAAGUUACUUCUAUUUCUCAGCAAGAUAUUACUGAAAUUGAGAAGGGAGAAGCUUCCAGUCCUAGGACUCCUAACCCUGCCAAACAAGUUGUUCAGGAACAAAAUAACCAGACACAAGAAGAUGUCAAUUCAGACCGCUCAAGUAUUGAAAACAAACCCUUAUUAACAGAAAAUUGCCCUACAUAUGUGCCAAGCAAGGAACAUAAAGAAGAGCCAACAAUUUAUUUAGAAAAAGUAAAGGAUGUAAGUGAUUCUAGAAAUGCUAAAAUGAAUGAAGAUUUAAUCAUUCCCAAGUCUAUUCCAAUUGAACAAUUUACACAUCCUAAUGAAGCAAAGAAUGAGUCUCCAAAAGACGAAAUUUCAAACUCUGUCUUUAGCAAUGAGGGACCAAGUAAUGAUUCCUCCUCUUCAGAUGAUGAGGAACUCAAAACCUAUGAUGAAAACUUGCACUCUAACGAAAUCCAAAACAUCUCUAAUGCUGCAACUAAAAAGGAACCGUUCUAUCCAAUCACAACUGAGCUAGAAAAAACAAAUGGCAUUGAUAGUGCUGCACAACGCUCUGCAAAAGAACCAUCUAUGGAAGCCUCCAAAAAAACGCUUAAGGAAUUUGAUGAGCCUCCACAUUAUGCCAAUCAAGAGGAAAGCAAACCCAAUGUUGCAAAAGAAGUAGACUCGGAAUCAUCAAAAGCAAUUUUGUCUUCAUCAAACUCAUCGGGGGAUGAUUCCGAUUCUUCAGAAUCUAGUUACGGGGAAGAAAAUGAUGUAGUAGAUGAUAUUUCACAAACAGUCUUUUCUGAAAGACCUAAGGACGUUGUACAAAUUAUUGCAGAUACUUCUUUUGAUAAUAUUGAUGGUAGUGAUAUUAUAGAUACACCAAUAACAGAAGAGAGCGAAGAGGAGACCACAUUUGAAAAGAUGCUUAAUACCAGGCUUGAAAUGCCUGUUUAUGAGAGCCCUAAACUAACUAAGGAAGAUUUUUCAAGGAGCGAAUCCCCUAUUGCAUCCAGACUUAAAUCACUUAAUCAAGAAAAAAAGAAAAAACACAAACUCGGAUUUAAACAAAACAAGGAUACUCUUAAAGCGUUUGAAUCUCCAAAAAAGUGGAAUCUUUUAAUUAAGGAUGAUGACGAAGAGGAGAGUAAUAGAAAAUCUCAACUAUCUCCUCCUCCAGAAUAUUCAAAUUUAAAAAUAACAUAUCCAAAAUCAUUAUCCCCUUCUGCCUCAACAGAUUUAACACCAUUGCAAACUAACUCCUCUAAUGAUGAAACUAAUCAACUUGAGUCAAUUACACCAGAAAAAAAAGAAUCCCCAAAAGCAGAAAUAUUAGCAGAUGCUAAUAAGGAAAAUGAUAGUGCAACAGAAGGCAAUCAAAGUGCAGCACAGAUAAAUGAGAUAGCGGAGGAACCAAGCUCUCCUAUUAGAGGAGAUAUUAAUUUUGCAAAAGGACAAUAUAGUGGAGAACUAGACAGAAAAGGUCAACCUAAUGGUAAAGGUUUUUACAAAGGUUCGGAUCUAACAUAUGACGGUUCUUGGGUAAAUGGUAAAAAAUCAGGUUAUGGUAGAAUAGAGUAUCCAGAUGGAUCUGUCUAUACUGGGGAACUCUUGGACGAUAAUAGGCAUGGGCAAGGCUAUUAUUUUACUCCAAAUUACACACACGUUGGUGAUUGGGAGAAAGAUAAAAAAAAUGGACAAGCAAUAAUUGAAUACACUUCUCUUGGUGACAAGUAUGAAGGCAACUUUGUUGAUAAUUUCCCAGAUGGCAAGGGAACAUUUACUUUUAGGGAUGGUUCUGUAUAUUGUGGUGAAUUCGAAAAAGGAUGUAGACAUGGUGAAGGUACCUUAACUUAUGGAGAUGGUGUUACAAAGUAUGAAGGAGAGUGGGCUAAGGAUAAACAAACUGGUAAGGCUAUCAUUACUUAUCUCGAAGGUGUCUAUGAAGGAGAAGUGGUUGACGGAAAGAGACAAGGCCAUGGAACUUUUACCUAUGCCAAUGGUGAUAUUUAUGAUGGUGAAUGGGUGAACGACCAAAAGCAAGGAAAGGGAAUUUACUUCUUUGAAGGGCUAUCAUCAGGAGUUAAAUAUAGAGGGGAGUGGUUUAAAGGAAAAAAGCACGGGGUAGGAAUAUUAGAAACAAAAGAUAAUGUAGAAAAAAGGUUGGCAACACCAAACUCAAAAACACUUUCCAUGUCCUUUGACGAAGUUUGGUCAGAGGGAAGAUUGGUGUCCUCAAAGAAAGCAAAUAUGUAA